AUGAAGCCAGCUGGGGGCCGCCUGCUCCUGCUGCUGCUGCUGCUGCUGGCCGCGGUGCUGACGGGAACCCGCGCUCACCCUGUGCCUGGGGACACCAGGCUCCCACCAGAUGCAAAGGAAUGCGACCUAGCCCGGUUCAAGUCUCUGGCCCCGCAAGAGCUGAAGGCCUUCAGGAAGGCCAGGGAUGUCAUAGAAGAGUGGCUGCUCAAGAAAGAUGUCAAGUGCAGCUCCCGCCUCUUCCCCAGUGGCCGGGACCUACAGCAGCUGCAGGUCCAGGAGCGCCCCAAGGCCCUGCAGGCUGAUCUGGCCCUGACACUGGAGGUCCUGGAGAACGUGACUGACCCAGCCCUGGGCCCCAUCCUGCACCAGCCUCUUCACACGCUGCGCCACAUCCAGUCCCAGCUAAGGGCCUGUACACAGUCUCAGCCCACAGCAGAGCCCGGGUCCCAGAGUCACCGCCUCUCCCGCUGGCUGCACAAGCUCCAGGAAGCCCAGGAGAAGGAGACCCCCGGCUGCCUGGAGGCCUCUGUUACUUCCAACCUCAUGCGCCUGCUUCUCCGGGACCUGAUGUGUGUGGCCAUGGGAGAUCAGUGUCCUGAGCUCAGAUCCUCCUGCCAGCGGCACUGUGUGGACUCAACAAGCCCCCCGCCUUAA